UGACUAAGAUACGCGUCUUAAAAUUGUUUGACAGUUGAAAAUUUAUCCAUCCUACUUUGCUUUUCGCGAAGACGCAUCUCGAGAAAUAUGGAUCAUUCCUCCAUCAAACAACUUGGCCUGCUGUUGGUGCUUCUCGUCUUUAUUUGCCAGAACACACUGGCCCAGCCUGGAAAGUGUUCUGUGCUGCAGUUCUGCGAUCAAGCAGCAAUAAACACGAAACUGAGAGACCUUGGAGGGAAGAUAUCCGCCCAAAAGAAAGAAAUUGAUACGCUUGCUGGAAUGCUUGGGUUGUUUGGGCGAAACGUAACGACUAAACUGAACGACCUUGAUGGGAAGAUAUCCGCACAAGAAAAAGGGAUCAACAAGCUGGUCGUAAUUAUGAAGUCCGUUGGAGAUAACGUGAUGAUGAUCAAGAGAAACUGUGUCAAACCAGAAUGCCCCGCCAGUUGGGUGAUGUUCCGGCGCUCUUGCUACAAAGUAGUCAAGACAAUUGCGAACUGGACUGAUGCUAGGGCUACCUGUGGUAAACUCGGCGGAGACCUGGUGAAGAUCAAAGGCGAAGAGGAAAACAAAUUAUUGUAUAACCUUUCGCGCAAGGAGGCUCCAUCAGCGCCUCAUAUGUGGAUUGGGCUAAAGCGGAACCCUAACGAUAAGAAGUUCUACUGGGUUGACGGCUCAAAGCCAGGCUACACGAAGUGGAUGAAGAAUGAGCCGAAUAACGCCUAUGGCAACGAAAACUGUGGCCAACUUUACAGCGUACCGGAUAAUCUGCCUUACUUCCAGCAAUGGAAUGAUUAUGAUUGCAGUAGAAAAUGCACCUUUAUUUGUGAAAAAUCUGCUUUUCUGUGAUUAAUAAAAGAGCUUUGAAAUUUG